CGGAUGAGCUGAACUGCUUAAAGGGAGUUGGGAAUUUUUUAAGUCUAUCUUUGGUUAUCCAUUGUCAGAUUUGUUGACUACUUCCUGAUCUGAAGAAAUACCUUUAAUGUGUUACAUCUAGGAAGAAAACACGAACAACGAAGUAAUCAUACUUUGCAAAAGUCUUCAGGAGGAGACGAAAACCGAACCUGUACAAAUUCACCAUCGUGUCAAAGUUAUUACAGCGGUGGUUUUAAAUGGCAAGGGAAGAAAUGGAAAAAACUGAUCAAGAAAUUUGCGUUUUGAAUCAUUUUCAGGGCGAAACUGUUUGCUACCCUCUAGUGCUAUUAGAGGGGAUAAUAUGUCCUAAUAGCGAAACAUCUGGACCUAAAAGAAUCCGUCGAGUGUCCAGUACUAGUUUAGAUACAUCAAGUGACUCUGAAUCAGAGAGGAGAAAUAAGAUUCGAGCUCUGGAUUCAACAUUGAUUGAGAAUGAAUUAGAAGUUUAUCAAGAUGGUUUUUCUAUACUGAUUAGAUGUGGCAAUCACGAAUUGUCGUGGCCUGUGGUUUGUAAAGGUUUCAAGGCGGUUGUUCCUCUUAACAUUGGGGAAAACUUGAUUGUGUUGAAAGUGCCGGAUAGAACAGACUUAAAUGAACUUGAGUUCAAGUUAACAUACAUACCAGUCACAAUAUCAAGGUAUGCUUGUUACUCUUUUAAUUGUUAAGCAAGGCUCUUUGUUUUACCACAAUGGACAGAGACCAGUAUGCAUGGUAUGGCAAAACUCAAUGACAUCUUGUGCAUGCAAAGGAAAUUCUGCAGUGUAAAAUGUAUUGUGACAAAGAAAAAAAGUGGUGUGUGCAUCUACCAUACUCUGCAGACAGGGACAGAGAGUUAAAUUGGAGGCUACGUGGUCUCUAACUGCCAUUACACCUCAUUGCACCUAAGACUGCUAGUCUCUUCCUGACUGUAAUGCCAGUCCAUCACAGGACACCUCCCAUCCCUUAUAUAGCAUUUUAUGGCAUAUCAUUGUUCAACCAUCAGGAGCUUCUUAAAUUGGUGAUCAUUUCCUUUAUUCACAUGACCUUUUCAUUUGAUUCAAGAAUGAUACUGCAGGGAGAAAUUAGAAGCUGGUCACUCCUAGCAGUCAAAGGGUUAAAGCGUAGAUGGUUAUGUGCUACAAUGUCCUAAGAAGACUUGACCUGCCUUGGUCAAGCCGCACAUCCACAUCCACAACUUAAUCACUAACAUAUUGACAACUAAAGUGGCCAGCCCUAUAAGCCUGGUGGUUUCUUGGAGGUCUCCUUGCCCUACAUACUGUUAAACCUGUAUAAAUAUUAUAUCUAAAGUGGCUAAUAAAUGAUGAUGAUGAAGUUAAUGAUGAUGAUUACCUAAUCCAUUCUUUGACAGAUUUGUUCGUGUAGUGUACAUCAAGUGCACUGAUAGUGAUGGAUCAUUUGAUGCUCCUGGGAAUGUUCCAUGCAAUGUAGAUUCUGCGGUUAAGAGACUUGCUUUUAAUUCCCGACUUCUUCAAACAUUUACGGCUGAAAGUUUGUACCAACAUGGUCUAGGACACAAGACAUUCAGCAUUGAGGAAGAUGACACUGGGUCACCUAAGGUUCAUAUCUUUACCAGUAAAUUGAAGACUUGUGAAGCUCUUGGUAUGACAGGAGAUCAGCUGUAUGCUUUAUUCAACAAGGGUAAGGAUAUACAUGUAUAGAGCUAACAGAUCAUCCUGUUCUGCUUGUUUUAGUAAGUUGUUGUUUUAAAUAGACCUAUCCUGAAGAACUAUUAAAGUACAUCUCAUAUAAUUUUUUUUCAUCACAUAAAGUGACUUUGUUACCAUGGUAAAAUUUGUCUUGAGGUAGUUAACCCUUUAACUCCCAGAAGUGAUUCACAUGUAUUUUCUCCCCAUAAUAUCCAUACAUUGUCCAGCAAACAGGUGAUGAGAAUACUCAAAAUCAUCAAGUAGAAGUUGUUAUCUUGAUCUAAUACCAAACUCAUGUAACUAAUUAACUAGAAAAUGUGUAGCAGCUAGAGGGGAGAAUUAACAAUCAGAUCUUAGGAGUUAAAGGGUUAAGCAUAUCAGCUGAAUGAAAGUUAUAGUCAUUGUUCAUGUUAUUUUUCAGAGCUUAAGUCAUCAAGCCUCUUUGAUCCCUUGUGUAAGUUUUGGACUUUCAUGUCCUGCACACAUUAUGAUCCACCUUCCCCAGAUCUGUUUAAUGCAAAGCUUAUUACAAAGUACAUCAAAGCUCACACAGCUCUUGGAGGGAGUCACCUUGCUCUCUUUGGUACAGGAGGGCUACACACUUGGGCCUCAAGUAUUGAAGAGUUGGUGCCAUGUUUUACUGAUGGACGAAUGAUUGACAAAUUACAGCUCUUUGAUGACAGUGGCGGGAGGUAAGUUCAACAUAUGCAAUAAAUCAUAGCCCAUUGUUAUCCUGGCUAUCAUUGAUGUCACCAUUCAAAUAAUUUUUUGGGUCAACUGAUCAGUCAUUUUUUAUCUGCUGGGAAGUGGGGGUGGGGAAUUUUGAGGGGAUCGCAUGAUUUUCACAGGAGGGGACGGAGGAACAAUUUGUCUUCACUAACAGAGUAUACCAGUAAAAGGGGGAAAAUAGAAAAUUGGCUGCCUUCUGGGGUGGAUCAUUUAUUUAGAAUACUUCUGUACUACUGUACAGAGCCUUAGGGGGAAUCAGGUAAAUUUCAAUGUAACACAACCAAAAUCCUUCAGCCCUCUUCCCCUUCUCCCCCUUCUCCCCCCGCCCCCUGAGAAUAGAAUACAAUCAAUGAACAUGGAGUGAAUAAGACUGAACAGAAAUACAGAAACAAAAUUUCAACAUUAACAUCAACUUGCACUGUACCAACUGUUACAGUAAACUGUAAGUUAGAGGAAAAUAAUACAUUCUGGGAUUUAAGUGACAGAUUAAAUUAAUCUUGCCUGUAAACAUGGCAUAACAUAACAAUGUUAGAACAUUGGUCAUUAAUUUGGAAAAUGUUGUAGUCGUAUAUAUAUCUCAAUGUUUGUUUUUAUCAUUAUGGAACUCCCCAAAAGGAAUGAAAGUUAACCCUUUCAUUCCAAAGAUCUAAAUAUUAAUUCCCUUUACUGUUCCCCAUUUGUUGUUUAUGAAUCUAGUUCUGAGAAUUUUAUUUUGAGUUAAGCAAUAUCCCCUUGUCAAUAAUAAUUUUUCUUUUCAUUACCUUUCUGCUUGAAAAUGUAUGUUAUCAUAAAGAGGAAUUCUUUGUUGGUCAUUCCUGGGAAUAUAAGGGUUAACAUUUGUUACGUUAUUUUCAGAGGAACUUAUUGGGCAAAUUAUGCCACUGGUUUGGGUGCCUCUAUACAUGAACUUGGUCACUGCUUCGAUCUAGCGCACACACCAAAAGGUAUUAUGGCAAGAGGAUUUGAUGAUAUGAACUGUGUGUUUACCAUGUGGAGGCAACCAACAUCUCCAGAAAAGGACACUGUACCUGUGGAAAAGUCAGGUCAGGGGAGAAAAUUUCCCAUGUACAAUAUUUCAUGAAUUAUUUUUUUAAUUUCUCCUAACAACUGUGCUUUUCAAGCAGCUUGAAAUUUCCAUAUCUGCUUUUUCUACAUUCUCCCUUUUCCAGCUUUGUUAAGAAAAAGUUACAAAUUAUGGAGUGCCACUCAAAAACUCAGUGGAUGAGAUGUUUUUGCAUACCAAAAACACGUAUCUGUGUUGUUUUUUUUUUGUUUAAUUUUUUACAUCCAUUGAAUAAAGCUGGAAAGUGAGACUGUUUGUAAUGUUCAGUCUUCUAUGUGUUUAAAAUUUUCAGUUUUCAUUUCAAGAACCAAACAGUAGUAAAUUUCUUGGUACUUUCAACGAUUAUUAAUAAUUACAUGUACUACUGAUGUUUUUUAAAGGAUUAACUACCCUAGUUAAAAAACAGAGUGCAGGGGAUGUUAAAGAACCCAGGCAUACACUUCUUGGAAAGAGUAGGCAAUGUAGCUUCCGAUGUACUGGUCUGAUUCCAAAAUUAGGGGUCUUUGAAAUGCUUUCAAUGAAUUGUCAACUGCUUAAUGCAAUCUGGCCAUAGUCUCUUGCAAAUGUUGUAAAGUGCACUAAGCUUGUGGAUAUGGAAGAAUGGAAAUGCUUCAUUGGUAUUAUCAUCGAUAAACAGGUUUUAAAAUUUAGAUUCCAAUCACUUAUCAGAAUUGUAAACACUUCUAAAAAGUUACUGUUCAGUUUCGGAUUUGAAUACCAAUAAUAGAACUUAAUAUAUUAUUUAAAGUUUAUAAUCAACUGUCUGUGCACCUCUGUCUUCAGUUAUUGAGGAAAAGGUUGCUGACAAAGCCAUGACUGCUGUUGAAGUGUUAGCUACAGGAAUCCCAGGUGCUGAAGGUCUUGUGCCCAAAUCAAAAAGCUGUACUGCCAGUCCCUCUGGUGGAAACACUGACCUUGCUGGACCCAAUGAAUGGUCACAUGGUGCACACUGGUACAGAUCCUCUGCUGUUUUACUCAGAUAUCACAAGUAAGAUUCAGUAGUACAUACAACUGAAGUUAUUGUGUUUCCAUUGAAAGGGAAAUUUUUCUUUGACCUUUUGUGAUAGAUAUGCCCAAGGGGUAACUUGAUGAAGGUUAUUUAAGUAUGAUUUCUAAUAGUAUCAUAAUCAGGAUACCUCUUAAUAAUAACUAUUCUAGGUGCUGUGUCUUCUUAGUUGUAGCACCAUAAUAUCAUGUAAUGGUAUGAGUUGAUUUGGGAAAAAGUGCAACCUUGGGUGGAGUAUUCCUACAGGAGCAUGAGGGAGAGAUAGCACAUAGAAUGAAAUCUGCACUUUCACAAGCUGCAUUCAUUGAAUAGGCUAUUUUACAGUGGAGUACUUAGUUACCAAGCCUUUGAUUUGGAGUGAGGCUGAAGGUGACCUUGCUGUGAUAGAGACCAGUAACUAGUUAGCAUGACAACAAAGCAAUUUACAUUUGUAAAGCAGCAAGGUUUGUAUCAUAAUAACAAGUUCAUCCUUAGCCUCACUCCUGUUAAAAGGCUUGGCAACCAAGCACACAACUGUAAAAUGGACUAUUGUCAAAACUUAUACUUAUCUACACCAUUAUACACUUUAACUUUGAACUCUUUAAAAUGUUUUAGUAGUAACUUCUGCUCACUUUCUCAAAACAGUACUCAGCGAACUGGUGUUAGGAUCAGGUGGAGGGUACUGUCUUGAUGUAAAAACCAAAUUCUCAUAAUUAUUUAGAAGGAAAGUAUCUAGGAGCUAGAAAAUAGAAUUGCUGAUUGGAUCUUAGAAAAUGAAUAGCUAGUGCUUUGCUUUUUCAGAUGGUUCUCCACUUUGAGCAUGAAAGAGGAUGACAUUCCCUCUAAAAAACCCAUGGUACACUGGUCAAGCACUGUCUGUGGUCCUGUCGGUAAUUGCGGUGGCUGUCAUCAGAAGAAUCAGUUGUCAUUCAACAGUGUCAAGUGGCUUGAGUCCCAGAGUGCAGUUCUGGGGGGUUUCAUUAUUCACACUGAGGAGUAUGUGAAUUGUAUACAGGUCAUAGGGAAUCAAGAAAAUGCAGAAAGUGGUAUGGUUAAUGAAUGACUUCUAUGAGUGACUGAGAGAGAAUAUCUACUCGUGAUUUCAAUAGUUGUCUAAUAUCAGGCAUACCAAGUGAUGAGAAUAAAUAAAAAUAACAACGAGGGGGUUGUUAGUUGAUCCAAUACCAAAUUCUUAGAACCAACAUCAUAAGAACUGCAUGGUAAUUGCAGUGAGAUCUAGGGAGCAAAAGGGUUAAUUGAAAAUGAUGAACACAAUACUCUCUUGUUUCUCUCUUGAUCAGUAAUUCUUUCCUAACACUUUGUUUUUUUUUCUAGUGGAAUAAUGUAACUAAGUCAACAAUCAUUUGUUUCUUUCUUAUGUAAUUUACAUAAUGAAUCCAUGGCUGUCAAGAAAUGAGAUAGCACGAGAAUUGUGUUUAGUAACAGGAGAGUGUCCUCCAUGUCUGAAUGAAAGAUAACUGAAGUAGUCAAAAUUUAGAUUGAUAAUUUAGCAUGGAUGUUGGAGAAUUCUCCAAUUUCUAUGUAUGGACAGUACGUAAUGAAACCCUGUGAAUCAGGAAUAAUUUAAGUGACAACCUGAUUGCCAUGGAACUAGUAAUGUAUUCCUAAAGCAGGAUCUUGAAUCCUUUGCUGAUUUGCUUUUCUUGUGUUUUGAUCCAGGGGAGUGUCAGGAAGUUCUCUCUGAGCCCCACGGAACAGAUGGCAUGGGUAAGCGCUAUAUCUUCACCAUCAACUCUUCAGAGGAAUACAUCACAGCUGUUGAUGUCAGAGCUGGGGGAUGGAUUGAUGCCAUUAGAUUCCACACAAACUACAAAUCCAGUGUUUGGAUGGGAGGAAUGGGUGGGGAUGAAUGCUGCCUGAGACCCUCCCUUGGGAAAAACAUUCUGGGUCUCAUGGGAACGAGUGGAAUGUAUGUUGGAUCACUUGGAAUCCUGCUUAGCAGGUUUGUUUGUAUUUGUUUGAUAAAAAGCAAUUGUUAGGUAUGAUAAUCUCCUACUUAGAUUCUUCUCGUCCUCCUUCUUAACAGUUUGUCAUCUCUUUUAACCCUCUAACCCCUAAGAGUGACUCUCAUCAAAUUUCUCCCAACAAUACCACCCUUGAGUCACACAUUAAGGUCAUGAGAAUAAAGUAAAUGAUCACCAACUAAAGAAGAAGCUCUUGAUUGUUAAACAAGUUCUCCUUGUCAGCAAGUUAAAAACAUGUAGAGAACAGUAUGGAGAAUUUGCAUACUAAUGUUAAGGUGUAAAGGGGUUAGACUCCACUAUGGAGGUGCUCCACUUGAGCAACCAACCAUCUGUCACUGUCCCCCCUCUUGAGCAGGAAAAUUGGACCAAAUAAGUUGUGUUUUUUCUCUCUUGUCCACGUGUGUGGCAAAAUAGUACCUUAGUCUAGCAAUAUUACCAUCUUUUGUUCAUUUUCAUAGUGUAUGUUUUGUCAAAUUGGACAUUUUUCUCAGUCAAGGCAGCUCAGUAUGAGUCAUAUUUUUUUAAACACCAAUUCCCUAGAGGACUGUGGCUUCCGUAAAUUUUUACUUUGUGUCUUUGAAUAAAGAUUAAAAAAAAUUCCCAAUUAUUUCUGAACAUGUUCUGGCCAUGUUUUUGGCACCCUAAGCUAUCAAAGCAAAUCUGACCCUCACCUUAUUUCGGCUUGAUGUGCCUGCAACUCAAAAACAAUUCGGGUGACCCCCAAUGUUUUAUUACUAAACUGCAACUAGCAUCAAGGUUCAUCUUUUUGGGAAGUCUUAAGAAAUGUGAGUAUACGGCAAAGGUAAAGGAAAAACCUGUAUUCCCACCCAAACAUUGCAAGAUUACCCCAAGAUUACCCAAAGAUUACCCACUUCCAUUUGACCAGGCUUCCCAGACAAUUUGCCAAUACGUAUUGAUACUCCUGGGUGGAGAGAAGCUCUGUGAGAGUAAAGUGUUUUUCCUAAGAACACAACACGGUAACCUGGUUAGUUCUUGAACUCGGAUCGCUAGACCCAGACUCCAGCGCACUAACCCUAAGGCUGCCGCGUCUCCCAGUUAACCCUUUAGCCCCUAAGAGUGACCAGCAUCCAAUUUCUCCUUACCAUAUCACCCCUGAAUCAAACUUGAAAGUCACGAGAAUAGAGGAGAUGAUCACCUACUAAAGCAGCUCUUGAUUGUUAAACAAAUUCUCCUUGUCAGCCUUUUUGGAAAUGUAUGUAGAACAGUAUGGAGAAUAUGUAUACUGAUGUAAGGGUGUCAAGGGUUAAAGUGGCUCAGUAAGCCAUAUGUACUAUCUCUAUUUAACUCUGCAUCGUAAUUUUUAGUGAUUCAGACAAAGAAAUAACACCAACGGAUGAGGCAGACCAAUUAGUUGUAGAAGCACCUCUCGGGAUAAGGCUGAUUGAGCUCUGGGACAAGAAACACAGUGAAGUGUACCAACACUGGGAAUUCCUACAACUACACCCACCCAACACAUUCACCCUGUCCAGAUCAGAAGUGAGGGACCAAGCCUCAACUCUCCUUGUUGAAGAUGACCAAGGAAACAUUUGUCGCACAGCUUUCGUUUACGAUUACAACGAGAUCGUUUGA